AUCUCGAAUAUAUAGAUGUCUUUUUUUUAUCAACCGCGCUAUAACAUUGAAAUCAGCCUAUCAGUAUUCGAGAAUCGAAUCAUUUCAAUCACAAUCAAGAUGAAGUUGUUGUUGGUUUUUACUGUUUGCGUUGCUUCAACGUGGGCAUUUCUACCUGACGAAGUUGUGUAUGGAGAAUGGAUCAAAUUUCUGGAGAAGUACGAAAAAUCGUACAGAUCAAACGUUCAGUUUUACAAAAGACAGAUGGUGUUCAGGAAAAAUCUUGAACACUUCUACGAGCACAACAAACUAUUCGACGAAGGUAAAGUGACUUAUACCAAAGGAGUGAAUAAAUUCUCCGAUUUAACACCUGAAGAAUUCAAUAUUUACGUGCAAGAAGGCUUGUUAAAAUACGAGGAUGAACAUUUCGAUGGAGGGGAGUAUACGGGAGAUGAAUCUACGAUACCAUUGGAAUCUGUUGAUUGGAGGGAGAAAGGAGCAGUGAGUCAUGUACGAGAUGAAGGCAUAUGUGCUCCAUGCUACGCCAUAAGUGCGGCUGAAGCUAUCGAAGGACAACUGAAAAUUGCAAAGGGCAUAUCGGCCAACCUCAGUGUUCAAAACUUCGUGGAUUGCACCCGAGAGCAAGGCAAUCUAGGGUGCUCUGGUGGACUUGUUACCAACUGCUACGACUACGUCAAAAAAUACGGGAUUGAGACAGAAUUAGACUACCCUCCUGUAGGUCAUGAAACAUUCGACUGCAGAUUCGACAGAAGCAAGAGUGUUGCCCAAUUGAAAACAUACAUGAAAGUUACCAAUGGUUCAGAAGAGGCUCUCCAGAAGGCAAUCGCAAACAUUGGUCCAAUCUCAGUCGGUAUGGAUUUCACCGUAAACUUGAUGGGAUAUAAGUCUGGAAUAUUCGAUGACGAGUCUUGCGAUAGCAACAAAAUAUUGCAUACUGCUCUGGCUAUUGGUUAUGGUACAGAGAAUGGAAUCGACUACUACAUUGUUAAGAAUGUUUUUGGGUCUGAUUGGGGAGAACAAGGAUAUUUCAGGAUAGUGAGGAAUAAGAAUAACAGAUGUGGAAUAGCAACUAUGGCUACCUUCCCUAUUUUAGUUUAGAUGUAUUCAAUAAUAAAUUUUUUACUUCAA